UUUAAUUUCUCUUAUCUUCUAUGGCUUCCAUUCCUGAAUUCUAUUCUGAUUAUAAUUUCUCCACUGGAUGCUGUGGGACCUUGCCUUACAUUCCGGUACAAAACGUCGCCGGCGGCGAAGUAAUGUUAGGGGAAGAAAGCUUUCCUUUCUUUGGAAAUGAAGCUAUCAUCAAUGUAACCAAGCCUGAAACUUACACCAUUUCACCAUUACUAGGGAUGUCAUACCAAGAACAGCUUGGAAUUCCAACCAUAGAUGUCACCCAACCUGGUGGUCUAGAGCAAUUUCACAUAGGAUCUGAAGGUGGAUAUAGACAAGUGGUCUCAGAUUUCAAGCCUGUCUAUGCUUUGGGAGUGAGAGAUAAUUCACCUUCAUCAACAACAGAAGAAGAAUCAAAUGGAAAAGUUGGUCGAUACACAGUAGAAGAAAGGAAGAAAAGAAUCCUCAAGUACCUGAAGAAAAAAAAUAGAAGGAAUUUCAAUAAGACUAUUAAGUAUGCUUGUCGAAAAACCCUAGCUGAUAGGAGGGUUCGAGUUCGAGGUAGGUUUGCAAGGAACAAUGAAUUGAAUGAAGCAUGCCAAGAAGCCCCAACCAUGCAAAACAGCAACUGUGGAUAUGAAGAAGGCUGGUGUGAUGAUGGUGAACAGAUGAAACUUAAUGGGGAGGAAUGGAUGCAAGAAGCUGUGGCAAGUCUUAUGUACUUCCCAAUUUUCACUGAUAAUCUUGGGGAGCUAAUCUCAAGUUGAAAUUGGAGUUAGAGUGCUCUUGAGAGAGAUACUUAAUUGUCAUUUUUUUUCUAGAUAUCCCUAGCACAGCUAGAACUCAUUUGAUAUUCUAGGAGU